AUCAGAAACGUCGGAAGAAGGAAGCGUGUAGUAGAGCCGGUUGACUUUCACAUGUGCAUGUAAACCGUUCAACCUUCAUUCCUGUGCUGAUUUCAGUUAAAGCGUCAACCAUGCAGGCAGCAAUGGACAUUACAGCUAAAUUCUGUCAGAAGGAGAUGGAGGAGUACGGAGCCUGUGUGGCCUCUAAUCCGUCUACAUGGCAGGAGCAGUGUCACCACCUGAAGGUGAAGGUGGCACAGUGUACCUCUUCUCAUCCAGUGAUCAGGAAGAUCAGGGCAGACUGUGCCGGAGAGUUUGCAGAGUUUGAGCGCUGCCUGAGGGAAAACCAGUCCUCGGCUCAGGCCUGCUCAUCACACGUGGCACGCUUUCUGACCUGCGCCAACACUGUGGACGUUACAGGAUUAGUGAAUCCAGAAUCUCCGCCCACAUAAAACCCAACCAGAAACCUUCUUCCAUCACCGUGGGAUUAAGGCAAUGGCUAUAUUAACUUCAGACGGUUUUACUUGAACACAUUUCAUAUUCACACACACACACACACACACACACACACUGUCAUUUUGUAAUAAACGUUGCCAACUGUACAGAAAGACGACAACAAGCCGUGAGAUGCCGCGAGUCAGGAAACUGAUGUCAGCUGCUUGUACAGUUCAUCUUUAUAAAUAUUUUUUUAAUAAGAACUUGCAGAUCUCAACAUGUUUAAAGUGACGUUAGGUGUCUAAAUAAAAUCUCUUUUGUUCUGAACAAACGUAGUGAAGCAUGGUUGUGGUAGCAUCGCGUUGAGACUUACUCGUGACUGACGUAUGGUGGACAGCCUCCUCUAGGCAGACUGAUGAGGAUCUCUUUUAU